UUCAAGAAAAACAAGUCGGCUCAGACCCAAAGAAUGACCACCCCAUUCUAGGGGCCAUCUAAAAAGGGAUACUCUCCCUCUCCCAAACUGUAUGAUCCCCUCACCAGGCCGGCAGGAGGAAGGAGUCUGAGUUUAAUGAGGGACCAAGGGGCGGGCUAAAUAUGCAAAAAGAGCAGCCUCUGGCCUUGGGGGCGCGUUCUUGCGGGGACCAGCGUGAUAGGGAUGAGCAGGGCAUCUUUUAGAACGGGGGGCCUUCUCUACAGGAAGAGGCCGCGAGCCCCGGGCAUGCUUAAACCACGGUCCUCAGCGCCACCUGUGCGACUCGGGAUCCAACCUCCCCGCACCAGCCCCAGUCCAGGUACCUGGAACUUAGUCCGAUCGGUAACCGGCGACUACGUGGGGUACAGGUUACCCGAGCGCGCCCCCGACUGACGCACCGACCUGCGCGCGCACCGCGGGCCGGAUGCGUGCGCGCCCCCGGACGUCCCGCCCCGCCCCCUCUGCCGCCCGCGAGCCGGGAGGCGUGCGCGCCCCCGGACGCACCGAGCCGGGCACUCGGAAAGGCGUCCCCGCGGUGCCUGAAAGGUCUUUACUCCGCGCGGGCCUCGUGGGUGGCGAGUGGCGUGGAGUCUGGAACUAUCAGAAGCGCCCUGUUACGAGAGGCGGUGCAGGGAGACCAUCCCGGAAAGAACGGAGGGCAGAUGGGGGACUGGGGUUAUUUCGGGCAGUCAGGUGGGCGACCCGCAGGGGCGUCUGGAAGGCCCGCGUCGUUAGGGAGCGUAGGAGCGGCGUUUCUGGUUACGGGGUCGGACAAAGGGCAAAGGUCAGCCUCCUGGUUGGAGAGCACCUCCUUUUUGCCAUGGCGGCGUCUGGGGAACCCGGCCGGCAGUGGCAGGAGGAGGUGGCGGCGGUAGUAGUGGUGGGCUCCUGCAUGACCGACCUGGUCAGCCUUACUUCUCGUUUGCCCAAAACUGGUGAAACCAUUCAUGGACAUAAGUUUUUUAUUGGCUUUGGAGGGAAAGGUGCCAACCAGUGUGUCCAAGCUGCUAGGCUCGGAGCAAAGACAUCCAUGGUAUGCAAGGUUGGCAAAGAUUCUUUUGGCAACGAUUAUAUAGAAAACUUAAAACAGAAUGAUAUUUCUACAGAAUUUACAUAUCAGACUCAAGAUGCUGCUACAGGAACUGCUUCUAUAAUUGUCAAUAAUGAAGGCCAGAAUAUCAUCAUAAUAGUGGCCGGAGCGAAUUUACUUUUGAAUACUGAAGACCUGAGGGAAGCAGCCAAGGCCAUCAGCAGAGCCAAAGUAAUGAUCUGCCAGCUAGAAGUAACUCCGGAAACUUCUUUGGAAGCCCUGACCAUGGCCCACAGCAAUGGAGUGAAAACAUUGUUCAAUCCAGCUCCUGCCAUUGCUGACCUGGAUCCUCGCUUCUACGCCCUCUCAGAUGUGUUCUGCUGCAAUGAAACUGAGGCUGAGAUCCUAACUGGCCUUAUGGUCAGCAGCCCUGCAGACGCUGGGAAGGCUGCACAGGUGCUCUUGGAAAGGGGGUGCCAGGUCGUAAUCAUCACCUUAGGUGCUGAAGGCUGUGUGAUGCUGUCACAGACAGAACCUGUCCCAAAGCACAUCCCCACAGAGAAGGUCAAGGCUGUGGAUACCACGGGCAUUCUUGGGACAGUGUGUGUUCCUCGCCUGAUCACUCAGCACCCGCCCUCCAGACAGUCCUCCAUUCGGUCAACACGUUUUUCAGCGGUGAACCCGCAUUGUGCUGGUCUGAGGGGAUGGAGGUUUGAGGGGAUGAAGACUAAGGAGGAGGGCAGGAGCAUGCAGGAGGAAAACACAGGGCUGUAUAUGUGGUGCCAGUCAGUAACUACGUGAUGACUAAGUUAAUACCUUGUCGGAGUCUUAGAAGAUGAGUAGGAGUUAAUCUAGGGAAGAGUCCAAGUGAGAUAUUUCCAUGAAUGAAGACCAAAGAUGCCAAAGGUGAACAGGAAAGUGUAAGACGUGAAACCGGGCAAGUGUGCUAGAGAACCUCACGUGCCAUGCUGAAGAGCUGAAAUUUUAUCCUAAGAAAGAUGAGAAACAUUCCAAGGACUACAGCAGUGUGGAGGCUGGGUUGGAAGGGGCCGGACUGGAGGCAGGGAGACUAGUCAGGGAGUCGUGUGGUCCUCUAGAGGUGAUGGGAGCAGGAAGUAGGAUGAUGGGAGGAGAGGGUGGAGAUGAGAGGAUAGACUUGAGAAACAUCUAGGAUUUAAAUUUGGCAACCUGUGACUUAUUAUAUGGGAGGAGACAUGCAGAAGACCCCCAAACUGGCAGUGCGGAAAAGACAAGAAGGGGCCUGUGUUCCGGCAGAGGUGUGAGCGCAGUUUGGGCCUGUUGAGUUAGAGUUGCCUGCAGGGGACUGAGGCUGGCUAAGCAGACUCAAGGGUAGUUAGAUAUGCGAAUCUGGAGACGGAGGAGGAUGCGCUAAAGGUACUGACUUAGGACUCGUCGCGAUCAUAGCAGUUGAAACUAACCACACAGCAGUAGAGGCACCCUGGAAAUUGUGGGGAAUGAGAGGGAUGGCGGGCCGGGGACAGAAGGCAAGGGAACACCAAUAUUGUUAGUGCAGGAGAAGGAAAAGGGCCCCAUGACAGAGACAAGGGAGGGUCAGAGAGACACGGAACCCAGGAGGAUCCCUUGCCACUCUGUGCUUCUCCCCCUCCUAAACCUUCCACGGAAGCCCUACGGCUGCCAUUCCUCCUAAAUAAGCUCCUUUACAUCCUUGACUCCCAUUCGGCCUUUGCAGGUGAAAGCUGCUCCUGAUCCCAAAGCCCGUUGGCCGCAGCUUCCAGCCUUCCCUCCUCGACCCUCCUGUAGAGAGUCCUGCAUCGUCAAGGCCCAUGCACUUUACUUACGAUGCCUGGACCUCCUUUCCUGAUCAUUCCGUUCAUCUCCAUCACCAUUCUUCCCUCCACCCCAUCCUACAGUCAUCCUAUCAGAUGACUCCAGUGCCAUGAGGAUGCCCUCACUUCCAGUGACUCUUCACCUCCACGCCAGCCUCCCACCUCCACGAGACUCCCAGGAAAUGGCUAAUACCUGCCCCACUCCCAUUAUGUGGGAAUAAGCCUCACGUCCCACGCUCUGACCACAACCAGCUCCCUCACCUCUUCUCCUGCCCUUGUUCUCACUGUCCUCCUAGUUCCCUCUGUUUUCUUCUGACCUGCUGACUCCCUCCUGACCUCCCCUCCUUCCUUAGCCAGGUUAGACUAUCUGGUUGUUCAUCUGAGAUGGUCUUUCCUGAAAUUCUUUCCCCCACACCUGCCCAGGGCAACUCAAGGUCCCAUUCUCUUACCGGCUCCUGCCCCAAGAACACUGAGGAAAGUGGGAUCCUAGACAGAGGGACGUCAUUCGAGAUUCACCGUCUCCACUCUCCCCUCCCUGUCAUUCUUCACUGCAGUAGAAAACCUAAGCCUUCCCGUGGGGAAAUAGGAAAAUUCAAGCAGUAGCCAAAAGCCCAAUCUCUCUCUCCCAAAAUAGCUUCCGCACCUGCUCUGUUGCUGGAUGUCCACACAGAUGUCCUUGGAACAACUCCUGACUGCCCUUUACCACCUUUAUUUUUCCCUUGGGCAAGUUAUUUAACCUCCUUGAAUCCGAGUUUCCUCAGUUUUCAAAUAAGGACCCUCCAGUGUCACUGCCAACCUCCAUGGCACUUUGUGCAAAUUAGAAGGUGCCCCUUUGGCCAGGCACACAGCUUGAUGAGCAGAGCACGGCCUGUGGACCCAUGGUCGCCCCCUCACCUGGACGCCCUUGUGUAGUGCCACCUUGCAUCACCAUACACUGCAGCCCCAACCACGCCUACCUCUCUACAGGCUCUGGUGAAAGAAAGGCAAUGAUUCGCACAGCGCACAGCCAAGAGCCUGACUGAGCAGAACUUGGGACAAAGGAGCUAACGUUGACCACCUGGACGUGGCUCAACAUGCGGGUGUGCUCUGCUGUGGUGGCACCAUCCGCCACUUUCAGGCACUUCUGCCAGCUCCAUGAGCUGGAGCUAUCAGCCCGCCCCCAUCUCUCGUCAAGAGAGCAGAGCCCUGGGGCCCCGGGGUGCUCAGUCAGUUGAGAGUCCGACUCUUGAUUCCAGCUCAGGUCCUGAUCUCAGGGUUCGUGAAUCGGAGCCCUGCAUCAGGCUCUGCGCUGGCAGCGAGAAUUCUCUCUCCCUCUCUCUCUGCCCCUCCUCCACUCUCUCACUCACUCUCUCUCAAAAUAAGUAAACAUUAAAGAAAAGAGAGAGAGAGGGAGUGCAGGGCCCUCAGAGACUGGAUGGGAGCUGGUAGGUGAGGGAACAGACCCUUGGUCAUAGCCAAGGGCUCCAGGUGGGCAAGGGGCAGUGGGAGGGAAGAGAGAGUUGGGACAGUCAGACAGAGAGGAUGGUCUGAAGGGGAGCAGAAGGGAAAUGAGCAGCAACCUCCUGAAGGCAACAGCGCCUCAGGCACUAGGGGCAAAGGCUGUCCACCCCAACCCCACACCCCAACUCUGGGAUGCCGCCCUUGGCUCCCACCUCUCACUUGGGGACCUCUUACUAGCUGCUCAGGAGUGUCCUGCUACCUACCCCACCAGCCCCGCAGAUUGCCUGGGCCCCUGCACCCGCCCACCCCACUGGAAGGUCGGGUGCGCCACAAGUCAUGUCUGGCUCUCUUUUCACUGCACUGCCUCCAUGGGUACCACAGACCAGGACUUCUCCAGACCCAGGAGUGCAAAGGCCCUCAGGAGAGCAGGAACCUCGGAAUGCCACAUCCAUCCUGUAAGAGCAGCUCUUCAAGAGGAAAUCGCUGCGAGAAGGCAACGAACGGUAGCCACCUGGGUAUUUUUGUUGAAGAAAGACGAAUUAUGCCAUGACCCCUUCUAGCACAAAAAUAAUUUUCAGUAAAAGGUUAAAACCGUCA